GUCUAGAGGGCGGGGUGGGGCGGGGCCAAGGAGAGGAGGAGGAAGAUGGCGGGAGGGCGGCUCUGAGGAGACCUCGGCGGCGGCGGAGGAGGAGAGAAGCGCAGCGCCGCGCCGCGCCGGGGCCCAUGUGGGGAGGAGUCGGAGUCGCUGUUGCCGCCGCCGCCUGUCGCUGCCGGAGCCGGGUGGGAGUGAGGGGGUCGCGGCAGGAUGAAGUUCGCCGAGCACCUCUCCGCGCACAUCACUCCCGAGUGGAGGAAGCAGUACAUCCAGUAUGAGGCUUUCAAGGAUAUGCUGUAUUCAGCUCAGGACCAGGCACCUUCUGUUGAAGUUACAGAUGAAGAUACAGUUAAGAGGUAUUUUGCCAAGUUUGAAGAAAAAUUUUUCCAAACCUGUGAAAAGGAACUUGCCAAAAUCAACACAUUUUAUUCAGAGAAGCUGGCCGAGGCUCAGCGCAGGUUUGCUACACUUCAGAAUGAACUUCAGUCAUCACUGGAUGCACAGAAAGAAAGCAGUGGUGUUACUACACUGCGACAACGCAGAAAGCCAGUCUUCCACCUGUCCCAUGAAGAGCGUGUUCAACAUAGGAAUAUUAAAGACCUUAAAUUGGCCUUCAGCGAGUUCUACCUCAGUCUUAUUCUGCUGCAGAACUAUCAGAAUCUGAAUUUUACAGGGUUUCGAAAAAUCCUUAAAAAGCAUGACAAGAUCCUGGAAACAUCUCGUGGAGCAGAUUGGCGAGUGGCUCAUGUAGAAGUGGCCCCAUUUUAUACAUGCAAGAAAAUCAACCAACUCAUCUCUGAAACUGAGGCUGUAGUAACUAAUGAACUUGAAGAUGGUGACAGACAAAAGGCUAUGAAGCGAUUACGUGUACCCCCUUUGGGAGCUGCUCAGCCUGCACCAGCAUGGACUACUUUUAGAGUUGGCCUAUUCUGUGGAAUAUUCAUUGUACUGAAUGUUACCCUUGUGUUUGCAGCUAUAUUUAAAAUUGAAACAGAUAGAAGCAUAUGGCCCUUGAUAAGAAUCUAUCGGGGUGGCUUUCUUCUGAUUGAGUUUCUUUUUCUACUGGGCAUCAACACGUAUGGUUGGAGACAAGCUGGAGUGAAUCAUGUGCUCAUCUUUGAACUUAAUCCAAGAAACAAUUUGUCUCAUCAACAUCUCUUUGAGAUUGCUGGAUUCCUGGGGAUAUUAUGGUGCCUGAGCCUCCUAGCAUGCUUCUUUGCUCCAAUUAGUGUCAUCCCUAUAUAUGUAUAUCCAGUUGCCCUUUAUGGAUUUAUGGUCUUCUUUCUUAUCAACCCCACCAAAACUUUCUAUUAUAAAUCCAGAUUUUGGCUGCUUAAACUUCUGUUUCGAGUAUUUACAGCUCCCUUCCAUAAGGUGGGCUUUGCCGAUUUCUGGCUGGCGGAUCAGCUGAACAGCCUGUCAGUGAUACUAAUGGACCUGGAAUAUAUGAUCUGCUUCUACAGUUUUGAGCUCAAAUGGGAAGAAAAUAGGGGCCUGUUGCCAAAUAAUUUAGGAGAACCAGAAAUUUGCCACAAAUAUACAUACGGUGUGCGAGCCAUUGUUCAGUGCAUUCCUGCUUGGCUUCGCUUCAUCCAGUGCCUGCGCCGGUACCGAGACACAAGAAGGGCCUUUCCUCAUUUAGUAAAUGCUGGCAAAUACUCCACAACUUUCUUCACGGUGACCUUUGCAGCCCUUUACAGCACUCACAGAGAACGAAAACAUUCAGACACUGCGGUGUUCUUUUACCUGUGGAUCGUCUUUUGUAUCAUUAGUUCCUGCUAUACCCUCAUCUGGGAUCUGAAGAUGGACUGGGGUCUCUUUGAUAAGAAUGCAGGAGAAAACACUUUUCUCCGGGAAGAAAUUGUAUACCCUCAAAAAGCCUACUACUACUGUGCCAUCGUAGAAGAUGUUAUUCUGCGCUUUGCUUGGACUGUCCAGAUCUCAAUUACCUCCACAACUGGGCUGCCUCAUGUUGGGGAUAUCAUUGCCACUGUCUUUGCCCCUCUUGAGGUUUUCCGGCGAUUUGUGUGGAACUUCUUCCGCCUGGAGAACGAACAUCUGAAUAACUGUGGUGAAUUCCGUGCUGUGCGGGACAUCUCUGUGGCCCCCCUGAAUGCAGAUGAUCAAACACUCCUUGAACAGAUGAUGGACCAAGAGGAUGGGGUGCGAAACCGCCAGAAGAAUCGGUCAUGGAAGUACAACCAGAGCAUAUCCCUGCGCAGGCCUCGCCUUGCUUCUCAGUCCAAGGCCCGUGACACUAAGGUAUUGAUAGAAGACACAGAUGACGAAGCUAACACUUGAAUUCUCUGAAGUCUAGAUUAACAUCCUUGUUUUUCCUACUCUACGAUUCUUUCCUCGACCAACGCAACCUCCAGUACCUUUUUCCAGCUGAAAACAGGAGAAAACAUAUAACACAUUUUCCGAGCUCUUCCAGAUCGGAUCCUAUGGACUCCAAACAAGCUCACUGUGUUUCUUUUCUUUUCUUCUGGUUUAAUCUUAAUUUUCUAUUUUUAAAACAAAUACUUCAUUUGCCAAUCAGAGGAUGUUUUAAGGAACAAAAACAUACUAUCUUAUGGAUUGUUUACAAUCACAAAGACACAGAUACCUAUCAGGAUGAAGAACAGGCAUUGAAAGGACCCUCUGAUGGGACGGCACCAAGAUAACUUGGCUUCUGCUUGGCACGGUUUUGACUGGUUGAAACCGGGCAUUGGUUUUUAAAUUUUUUGUCGGUUUAUGUGGAGAAUUUUUUCCUUUUGUUCAUACCCAGCGCAGAAGCACUGGCCGCACUUGCAGGAAAAGUGCAACUUAGAGCAGUACCUUCAUUCACGAAGCUACUUUUUAAUUUGAUGUAACUUUUCUUAUUUGGCGGAGGGUUGCUGGGUGGGUGGGAAAUAUGAUGUAUUUGUUACAUAUAGUUUUCUCAUUAUUUAUGAAAUUUAACCAUAAAAGAAUGAUAUUACUCCUGUGUAAUGAAGGUGACAUCCAUGAACAAAGGCAGGAGAAGCUACGGUGGCAUUUGGAGGGUCGGGUCACAUGCCUCUUUCAGGAGACAACUUGUACCAGUUUGGCUUUUCCUCUCUCUUUUUAAUUUUAAGCCAAAGUUUUAUUGCUGAAUUUUAAGUUGCUGCUGCUUUAGAGUCCUGAGCAUCUGUCAUAGCAAGACAUCCCAUAUAUUUCUUCACCAGUAGAAGUUCGUGUAAGAGGGCUGAUGGUUCUAUUUUAGGAACAGGUGUGGAGUGCAUUUGCCCCUAUUCCAGUCACAACAGCAAAGUUUUGUGUGUGCCCUAUUCCAGUCACAACAGGAAAGUUUUGCCGUGUGCUUCUGUGUGGGGGGAGCUGUAGGGUCACCUUUACUGACUCCAAGUUGACAGACCUACUUCAGAGACUCCUCAUACCCUUAUUCGAUAUUUUCCCUCUGGUCUCAUCCACUUUAACCAGAAUUUGAUCAAAUUCAGAGUCUGUUGUAGGGAAAUCAUAUUUUUGAGCGUAUAGAACAAACCACCCUCCUUCACACUGUAUUGACACAAAAGACCUUGGCAGCCAUCUUUAAACCCAGCAGUAUUAAAAGGUGAACAUUGGGUUUCAUGACCUCCCAUGAUAGAAACCUGCCUUUCAGUUUGGGGGCCUCUAAACCUGGUCAUACAUAAAAACUACAUUUCUUAGAAAAAUGAGACCAUUAUACCCAUUUUCACGUCUUUAUUUCAUUCCUAUGUUCUCUAGAAAAAAACUAAAAAAAACCCAGCAUUUUACUUUCUUGAAUAUGGUUGGCAUUAAAUCUAGCAUUUCAGGAUUGGGGGUCAUGGUAGUAGUAACUGCCUAGCAUUCUCGAGACCCUGGGUUUGAUCUCCAACACUGGUGGGGUAAAACAUUUCAUUAAGAAAAUAAUAUAAGUAUCAGGAAAAAUUAAAGUGUGUUUCAAAGCCCCCUGAAGUGGCUCAGGAGAUUCAUGAGAGUCAGUGUACUUCUGUCGCUUUAAGGUUAGUUCUAGACAAAGGAGCAACUAGGUGAGAAGGCAGCAGUGAACACUAACAUUCACUUUCUUUUAAAAGCAUGCUUGCAGGCCCUUAAUUCACCCCCUUUGUUAUCAGACUUUCUCCAUGUAUCACACAUAACCAUUACUCAUUAAAGUUACCAUCACUACUAAAAUUCGACCAAUUAACUGAUGUCAGUUUUCUUUUAAAAGAAGUUCCUUCCAUCUUUAUUCUAGCAAGUUCCUAAUUUUCCUCCCUUUCUGAGCUGAGAUUUCCCAUUACUCAUACAACAUUGUUGCUUCUGUUGUUUUUGUGUGUUUUGCCAGGUAUGUCCCCUGGCCCCAAACUAAAAAUGAAACAUUUACUUUAAAAAGAAAACUUUCAAUAAACUGUGCCCUUUAUAGUAAUAAGUGGUAACAGUUUAGUGACCCUUGGUAGAUUGGAGGUUGCAUUAUUUCUGUUUAGGAAUUUUUUUUCCUAAUUAAUCUGGCUUUUUAACGCUUCAAAAUCCUGGGGAGAGAUUUCAUUGGCCCGUGAAGCGGUAGCAGCAGUAUUACUGAGCACAUAGAACAGUCCAAUGGCUGAUCAUUUCUUGUACAACCAAAACCUUUAGUACUGUGCAUCCAGAGCCAUUUGAAUCAUCAGCUUCAUUUAUGACAACACACACAAACUCAUAGCUGACUUCUGGUAUUUCAACUCCUCAGUGUUUUUAUAUCAGUUAUCAUAGGGUCAUUUGGUCUUUUUCUGUCUGUUAGGAUUCCAGUCCCCAAUCAAUAUUAUUGCUUUCAUAGAUGAUUCAGCAAUAGAAUGUAUUCCUUUUCUGACACAUUUAGCCUGUUGACUACCCAAAACAGGCUUAUGCACUGUCAACUCUUAAAAAAAUUUCUUCACCAAAAGAAUUUGGGAAACAAAAUACAUAUUUAAAUUUUUCCUAUGACAAAAACAGUGUGCAUUUUUCUCUCUAGUUCAUCUGCCACAGUCAUGGUAAACAUUGUGUUCUACCUAAGGUUUUAUUGGAUAAUCCUGUACACUGAAACUCUCAAUAGAAGUCUUAGAAGUGAAUAAAUACCAUGGAGUCAUUUUGUAGUCUAACCAAAGGUGAAACUGCAUCAGAUUGUAUGUAGCUUUAGAACUCGUUUGUUUUAUAUGAGAACCACUUAAUUUUUAAUAUUAGCUAAAAUAUUACCCCCAAAGGAAUAAAAAAGAAGUAUAAGCAAAAGAGUAAAAACCCAUUUUUCAUUUUAUGAUAACGUGGGAAGCAAUGAGGAACAAAGGUUUUGGGAAACAAAGGGAAGUUGCUUGUGCACAAUGAGUGCCUAUAUUUCAGGCCGCCAUGCCCUUACAGUGAGAAUUGAUGGUUCCUAUCUCACAGAGAGAACUUGCUUGAAGAUUAAGUUGUCAGUAGUUGGGUUAUAAUGGUCAUUUGUACGAUUAGUGGCCUUCUGUCUCCAGGACUACAUUGAGGGACACAGUGUGAAGGAAGACUACAGUAAUUCAGCAGGAACCCUUAGAGAAGAGAAAUAUGGCCCCGCCCCUAGGAGCCAUGGCUCCCCAACAUUCUGAGCCAGAUUUCUACAGUGUGAGCUGAGUCUUACCAGAAAGACUUUGUUAAUAGGUGGUGUUUUUCCACUCUGGUCCCCUCAUUUCUGAACAUUCGCGCUGAGGCAAGAUGAGGGCAGACCCGAGUCUUAGAAGACAGAUGAGCAGUUAGCUGAAAAGUAUUGAAACAAUUUUGGAGAUCUAGAGAAGAUGCUGGGCCUCAGCAGCAGGAACUGAGUGCAGCCUGUGACCUUGGGCACAGGCCUCUCCAUCCCUCAUUGCCUUUAUUUUCCUGUCAUUUUUUCUUCUUACCUUGCAUUAUUCAAGAAAUAGUUCUUUAUUUCCAAAUUCUAUUUUCUAAGAAAUGAGUACAAAGAUUUCUAACUCUUAAGAAGAAUUUCGGAACCCUCUCUCUAACUUAUUUAAAGUUUGGGGAUUCUCUGAAGUGAUUACACUACUUCAUAAAUACAUUUUAGGUUAUUCUUUUAAGAGUUUAACAAAAUUUGCCUAACUCACAAAACAAGUACUUCUUUCUAUAAAUAAUAUAUUCAGAUUUCUAAAAUUAAGGUGACUUUUUAAAAAAUUUUUAUUUUUAUUUUAUGUGUAUGUGUGUAUUGCCUGCAUGUAGGUAAGUACACCCGUGUUGUGCAGUGCCCUCAGAGGUCAGAAGAGGCUGUCGGAUCCCCUGGGACUGGAGUUACGGAUGGUUGUUAGCGUCCUUGUGGGUGUUGGGAUUUGAACCCGGGUCUUCUGCAAGAACAACCAGUGUUCUUAACUGCUGAGCCAUCUCUCUAGCCCCUAAGAUAACUUCUUAGAUUAAGAAAUAAUCAUGUUAGAGCUAUGGCUCUGUCAACCAUAGAAACCACCAUUCUUUUCUUGAGUCAAAUAAGCCAGUAUCAUUACUGGCCAGGUGAAAAUAGAAAUUCUCAUUAAACUUUUGGAAAAGGUUCAUUUGUUUUCUGGUUGGUCUAAUUAGUUUUCACUGGCCAUUCACAAAUACUUGUACAUUUCUGCAUUACAAAUAUCAGUCAUGAUUCUAAAUCUUAAAAGCUCCCAAGUUUCUGCCUCAUUUGAAAUUUAGACAAUGUCAGAACACCUGGUAAUGUGGGAUAGAAUUGAUUUGAUUAUAGCACAAGUUUGUGUUAUUCAGUGUUACAAAUCAACCCUCUAGCCAGCAUUAACCACACUGCUCAGUAAAUACUGGAAUAAAAGCAUCCCUUAGGUUUGGAUGCUGAAGUUGAAUGAUACAAGAAGUUUGCCUGGUAAGGAGGAGUGCCACUGAUGGGUACAGCUGCCAAAGCCCUUCUUACACAAACUGUCAAAACUAAUGCUGAGUUGCCCCUUAGAAACAGCCUUCAGAGUAUAUUUUCUUAUGGUGGAAGAGGAAGUUCAAGGGCCAAGAUGAGUUUCUGCUGAAAUGGGGAGAAUCCUAUCAAUUUCCAACUGAAUGUUUCCUUGUAGCAGACCUUUGGUUUAUUUUAUUACUAAAUGCCACCUUCAGUUUUCUGGAUGGUGCCAUCCACCUGUGGAGGACAAUCAACCUAUUGUUUGCCUUGGAUUCAGUGUCUUGAUUGGGUCUCAUCUUGUGGACAUUUGGACUUGGCUGUACUGUAUUCCUUUCACUGGUACCAUUGAGAGUCAGAGGGCUGACCGAAGCUCUACCAGAAGGUGGACUUCCAAGAAACCGAGGAUCCUGUCUCUGUCUCUUGAAUUAUAUCUGAAGCUCCUGCCUGCACUUCCCCCAUUGUCCAUGGCACUGCCAGCGUGGUAUGGAUAGGGAGAAGGAUUGUGGGACAUCCCAGAGGAGUAAUUGUGACAUUGUUACGGUUUUGAACUGUUAAGGUAAAAUUAUGAGCCACUCCUAUUUCAGUUGCAAAAAACAAAAUCCUUGAAGCUUUGCUACAUUGUGAAGAUUGAUUUUGUGCUGUUUUCUGGAUUAGCACAGAAGCUUGUAUCCAUGAAGUGAAUUUAGGAGGGGAAUGGGGUGAAACUUGUUUUCUUUUCAAACCCUCUCCCACUACUGUGUUUCCCAUGCACACACACCCUUCUCCACACUGUGUUGGUCAAAUGAUGCUAUUCUAUGAAUCCCUGAGCUAUAGUUGUCAAAAGUAACUAUGGAUUGUGAUUAGUCCUCUGUGGGUGAUCCUUUCCCUGUUCUCCCUUGCUUUCUUUCCUACUCUCCACUCUGGUAAAUGGAAAAGGUGACGUCAAAGAAUCAGUGUUUGCUUGGACUCAUGUCGUGUCUGUGACUAUGCUAUUAGCUGUCUCCCUUUUCCUUCUUCUAUGGGUAGAAUUCUAAUGACAUGUGGAGCUCCCUUCUGGAUAAGUAGGUUUAAAUGCACAAUGUGGUACUGUUCUAUAGUUCCUAGAUGGUUGUAAAAAGCAAAAAGUUAAUGUGGUUAUGUGUUUUUAAAAGAAAAUAAGUGAUUGGUUACAAAACUGUCCUUUUUUCAUUAUUACAAGCUCUUUUCCAACA